ACCAUAUAACUAGCCCAAUACCAAAAUACAAACCAAACUUUAGCCCAAAUAACCCAAUCAAUAUUGACUCGUUCUUUUGUAGCCUCUCUUUCUAGACCCUAAUCGGAAUUCACAAACUGGACUCUCUCUGACGCAUAUUAUCAAACACCUGGUAUGCAUGUAUUGUUUUCCCUUACUCUGCUUCUGCUCAUGUAUGCAUAUCGCUUCUUCUUCUCAUACCCAUCCUCAUGUAUCUAUUCCUCACAUGAAUUAGGUUUACAUUAACCAUGUGGAAGUACAGAACAAAGAUUGUCCCACCAUUGUUAUUACUGCUUUCAAAUCGCAAUAGUUUAUGUUCAACAACAACAACAACAACUUAUGUAUCUAUAAUUCGCCCGAUAAAUCCCUUGAAUAAUUACCCAAUUAAAGUUAAACCCCAUAAUUUCCCAGUGUUUUUUUGUUCCUCAACUGUAGGAAAUCGUGGUGAAACCCUAGGUUUAGUUAAAGAUUCUGUUGAUAAAUGUGAACUUGAAAAACGGGUUGGAUUGAUAAUGGACAUAAUCGGGCAACCGGGUCGAGAUUACACCGCUGUAAGGAAGAAUCUUGAGGGGUGUAAUGUGGCGGUGUCGAUGGACGUUGUGACGGAAGUUCUGUCGCGGGUACGAAACGAUUGGAAGGCGGCGUUUAUGUUCUUUCAAUGGGCCAGGAAACAACCGGGUUACACGCAUUCGUUUCGCCAGUACCAUUGCGUGAUCGCGAUAUUGGGGAAAGCGAGACGGUUUAACGCUGCUUGGGCUUUGAUUAGUGAGAUGAAGAAAGGCGGAAGAAACGGUGGGGAGUCAAUGGUGAGUCAACAGACGUUGUUGAUCAUGAUCCGAAAGUAUUCGGCUGUUCAUGAUGUGGAUAAAGCUAUAAAGACGUUUUACGCGUAUCAUCGGUUUAGUUUACAAACCGGUGUUCAUGAGUUUCAUGAUCUUUUAUCCGCACUUUGUCGGUACAAAAACGUUAAGGAAGCGGAGGUUUUGUUGAAGCGUAACAAAGAUGUUUACCCGUUAACGACGAAAAGUUUUAACAUUGUUUUAAACGGAUGGUGUAACGUUAUUUGUAGUCCACGAGAGGGAAAGAGGAUAUGGUGGGAGAUGUGUAAUAGAAAGAUCCCGCGUGAUGUUAUAUCGUAUUCGACGAUCAUAACGUGCUAUACGAACUGCAACGAGACGAAAGAAUUGAUCAAGAUUUACAACGAGUUGAAAGCCUCGCGUGUCAAUCCGGAUAUACGGAUAUAUAACGGUGUGAUUCACGCUUUUUCGAAAUCCGGGCUUGAAAGAGAAGCGCGUGAGCUUAUGAAAUCGAUGAAAGAAAAGGGGAUUCAUCCAAACACGAGUACUUACAACUCGAUGAUCAUUCCUCUUUGUAAAAAGGGAAAAACGUUGGACGCGUUUAACUUGUUCGAUGAAAUGCUUCGAAGACGGCUGUCGCCUACGGUUCAAACAUACAAUGCUUUUUUUCGCGCGUCAAGAACGUCUGAACAAGCUUUGUCGAUCUUGAAACAGAUGAAUCGGAUUGGAUGUUGCGUGAAUCACGAGACCUACACUAUGUUGAUUACAAAGUUUUGUCGAUGGGAUACGUUUGAGAACGUGUGGAAGCUAUGGGACGAGAUGAUUAGCAACGGGCUAGAUCCCGAUAGGAGUUCAUACGUUGCGUUGGUAAACGGGCUUUUUCUGAACGGGAAGUUUGAGGAAGCGUAUAAGUAUCAUGUAGAAAUGAAGUCGAAAGGUUUACUGCCUGAGCCUGAGAUAGAACAAAAACUGCAAGCUUGGUUGACCGCUAAGCAGUCAACGGAGCGGUCAAUGAUUGACUCACGAACUAAAUUUAUUUGAACUAUGAAUUACUAGCAGCAGCUUGAGCUCUAAAAGUAGAUAAAUAUUGCCCGUACACGAAUGUAUGUGGGUCCGUUCUUUUUCGAUCGAGCUGUUCAGGUUGGUUUUAUUGAUGGAACUGAACGUACGUGUUGGCGGCUCACGAUGCUUGUCGAACCAUACUCGAAUAUGCGAAAUCUACAUAUUUUGAUAUGGACCCCACUGACCUGUCCUAUUUAUGCAUGGAUCUUGUGUAUCGAUAUUCUUGCUAGUGGAAGGAUUCGGCUUGGAAUCCAAGAAAAAUAUCACCCUUGUUGAAGCUGCAUGGCCAUUAGGCAGUAGUAGUGCAAUUGAAGCAAUUUAAUUAAGCAAUGCAGUUAAAGCACUUUAAGAAGUCACAAUUGAAGCAGUGUAUAAACACAAUAUCGCGAAUAAAAUUGGUGCCCCAUUGGUUAAUGCUCAAGGGAGUCGUCCCAUUUUCCCCCGGAUUUUCCCGUGUGGCACGUUAGCGUCACAUCAGUGUUU